GGCACGCUUGCUCUUCCGGAGGGCGGAGAGUGUUUGUUCAGUCAGCCAGCCAGAGCCGCCGCCAGGCAGCAAGGGAGCGGGCGAUGAUGGAGGGGGGGAGCAGGCUUCCGUGGAUGAAGUAUGGCUCGGUUCUGUCACUUUUCGUGGUUCUGGUAGCCAUAUGGUUCCGUUCGCCGCCGAACACAGUACUGGACGACCGGCUGGACACGGUGCUGUCGUCGCUGCUUCGGGCGGAGCGGAAAGUCGGGGUUAACGACGCCAGACCCAGAGUGGCAGUUGGUUUUGGGGGCUGUGUUGACCUCAUAGUAGACGCUGCGUCGUUUCUCAACAAGAUAGGCGUCUCUCACACAGACCAGCCGUUGCAUCACGACUAUCUAGAAAAUGCUGAGCAACUGGCUCAGAGCUUUGCCUACUUCUUUGCACCGGGAGCUGCAGCAGAGCGUUUUAUGAUUAAUGAAACCCUCUUUAGCGAGCUGGUGGAGGGCGCCCGGGACCUACCUGGCAACAGGUGGGCCGUAGGUGGCAACGCUCCUGUGAUGGCCAGCCGCAUGGCGACCGAGGGAUGUGAUGUGUUGUUAGGGGGAAGUUUCAGCACCGAUUUUACUGAAGUUCUGUCCCAGCACAUUACAGUGGCUGGUAAAGUGAUAGAAGAGCCAGACAUCCAUCUAAUCCUCGAAUAUUCGUCUGGCGCUAGCUGGGCGACCUAUACCUCGCGUAGAGCCAACAGAUAUAUCAUUCACAGUGAUGCGCACAAUCCCUACUUGGACUCCUUGGAUGAGUUUGCUGAGAAGCUUAAAGAUUUCCAACCUGAUCUGUUAAUAGUGGGUGGGCUUCAGAUGAUGGACAAUUUCCCCUUUAAUUCAGGUGAGCGAGAGGCGGUGCUCUCCCGGCUGGCCCACCUGCUGGACUCCUCGUCUCCUCAAAUCGGCAUCCAUUUUGAGAUGGCAAGUUUUGUGGACGAGAAUAUAGUGGACGACCUUCUUCACUAUGUCAUCCCCCAUGCGGACUCUUUAGGCAUGAACGAACAAGAACUCCCCAACCUCCUCAGCCUAAUCAAAGGGUCCAACAUCACCGUGCUGUCGGACCCAAACCCCCGUGUGGCUACUGUCCUCGAUCAGAUGAGGGAGGUUUAUCGCAUCCUGAACCAGCGCUACAAGGAUGCUAACCCGGACGGCGAGGCCACCGACGGCAAACCAAAGGGUAAGCCGCUGACGCGCCUCCACGUCCACACGUUGGCCUUUCAGGCCAUGAUCGUGACGCGCGGCUCUCAGUGGAAGAACACCAUGUCCGCCACCGCCAAGGCGUCGCUCACGGCCAACCGUCACGUCUGCGGUUCGAACGACAUCGACCUGAGCAAGGCGAGGCUCAUCAUGGACGACUCGUUCUCCGUCAGCCACCGCGAGGGCAGCCAGCGCAUCCCGCUGCAGGAGACCAGGCCGGUCAGCUGCUGGGACGAGGACGACUACCAGAUCUGCGUGGCGCCAGUGCUGGUGUGCACCGAAGUUUAUCAAACUGCGGGUGGAGGGGACAACGUCUCGGCUGCUGGCUUGGUUCUACAGAUUUAAAGGAGGACACUAAACGGUCGUUUUGACUCUGGAAACUUUAUUCUCGGUGUGCUGCAGCCUUACCCUUCAGGUACUGACAUGGCUACGAGGCUAAGGCUAUUACAUUCGUUGACAAUAAGAAAAGCACGUUGUUAUCACUGAAGAGUCAGAUCAUGGAUAUUUCUGUACUUUGGUCUUACCUCUGAAGUGGAGGCAAUGGAAAACAAAUAAUUGUAGCCUUCUAAUCUAACUAGGCUUUCUUUAGUUUAAUCUCAAAAUUAGUAUAAUUUCCUUCUGUUUGACGACCGUCUCACUGAUUCAUUUUCUCUAAUCCAACUUAGUUUUCAGUUUCGCUGAAACAUUUUCUUUCUAAUUUGGUUUUUAGUGAUAAAACAUCCAGCAAACACCUGGAUUCUGUUUCGCACUUAUAAAUCUGCUCCAUCAUCUGACUCUAGGGAUUUUAAUGGCUUGUUCUUGUACUUCUCUGAGACCUUUAAAAAAAAAAAAAAAA